AAACAGUAGGCCCAUGGCGGAGCGUCGUCUGCUUUGCCUGGAGAAGAGACUGCAAAAAUCACCAGAGCUGUACUCCAACGUCAAACAGCAGAUUAUUUCAUACCAAGAGAAAGGCUAUGCUCAUAUAGCAACGGACAAGGAGCUGGCAGAAUCGGACCCGAAACGAGUUUGGUACUUGCCUUUGGGUGUUGUUGUCCAUCCGAAGAAGCCGGAGAAAGUGCGCGUAGUUUGGGAUGCAGCUUCGACAGUCCAGGGGGUGUCACUCAACUCCGUCCUACUGAAAGGACCGGAUCUGUUGACUUCUCUUCCUGCGGUGCUCAGCAGAUAUCGUCAGAGGCAGGUGGCCAUCAGUAGAGACAUACGGGAGAUGUUCCACCAGGUGUUGAUUCGUUCUGAAGAUCGCCAGGCACAACGCUUCCUGUGGCGCGACCAUCCUUCACAGCCAAUAAAGGUGUACGUGAUGGACGUAGCAACGUUUGGCUCCUCGUGCUCACCGUGUUCACUACAGUUCGUGAAGAAUUUGAAUGCGGACGAACAGGCGGACGACUUCCCGAAAGCAGCCGAGGCAAUAAAGGAAAACCACUACGUCGACGAUUAUUUAGACAGCGUAGAUACAGCCGAGGAAGCAGUACAACUGGUGAAAGAAGUUAGAACUGUCCACGCCACCGGAGGAUUUGAUAUUCGGCAUUGGAUGUCGAAUUCACCAGAAGUGAUCGAGCGAAUUGAAGACGGUAGCGAAGGUACAACCAAACACUUCGUAAUGGACAAAUGCAGCAGUACAGAACGCGUGCUAGGAAUGACCUGGCAGCCAAGCGAGGACAUAUUCUCGUUCUGCAUCCAGUUACGAGAGAACCUUCAGCGUUUUAUCGCGGGAGAAGCAGUACCAACGAAACGAGAAGCCCUGAGCGUGGUGAUGAGCGUCUUCGACCCUCUGGGACUGGUAGCGGUGGCGUUAGUUCACGGGAAGGUGCUGCUUCAGAACAUAUGGAGAGCCGGUGUUGGCUGGGAUGAGCAGAUUCCGGCGGAAACAACUAUUCGGCGGAAGGAGUGGGUCCAGAUGUUGAAGAAGCUUGAAGAGGUGAAGGUACCCCGCUGUUAUUUCCCUGGCUACGGAAAACAAGCCUUCGAAACGCUGGAACUGCACAUAUUCGUCGACGCCAGUGAAUCAGCUUACGCGGCAUGUGCCUACUUCCGCCUGGUGGAUCAGGGCAUCAUCCGCUGUUGCCUUGUUUCAGCAAAAACAAAAGUCGCACUUCUCAAACCGCUAUCUGUUCCUCGGUUAGAGCUUCAAGCCGCCGUUAUGGGAGCUCGCUUGAUGAAAACCGUUGUUUCCAACCAUACACAGAAAAUCCAUCGGAGAGUACUCUGGAGCGACUCCACAACAGUGCUGUCGUGGCUGCAAUCCGAUCCACGGCGUCGCACACAAUUUGUAGCAUUCAGGAUUGGCGAGAUCUUGGAGCUCACUGACAUUAAGGACUGGCGUUGGGUUCCGACAAAAUGUAACGUUGCGGACGACGCUACCAAAUGGGGACACGGACCCAAUGUGGACCCGAACAGCCGCUGGUUUAAAGGACCAACUUUCCUGUACAGGCGAGAAGAAGAUUGGCCUCAACGAAAACUUCCUUUGGCUGAGUCUCAGGAGGAGCUGCGUCCCUUGUACGUGCAUACCCAUGUUGUAGUGGAACCAACAUUGGAUUUCAAACGCUUCUCCAAAUGGGAGCGACUGAUACGAUGCGUCGCAUUCGUGCGCCGUUUCUACGAAAACUGCCUGCGGAGAAUUCGACGACAACCAUUGUGUUCUUCAACAAGUUUAAGUCGAGAAGAACUGAGGAAUGCGGAGUUCGCUGUGUGGAGACUGGUUCAACUGGACGCGUAUCCGGAAGAGUUCGCGGUGCUGCUGAAAAACCUAAAUGUUUCACCUGAUCAGCGGCAGAAGAUUAAGAAAUGCAGUAGACUUCACGGUCAAUCUCCGGUUAUUGGGGAAGGAGAGCUCAUCCGAAUGGAACGCCGGACGAGGGAAGCAGAUUGAAUUUCUACGGAUGUAAAAUUUCCGCUAAUUCUGCCAAAAGAACACUACGCGACUUUCUUGUUGGUCGAUUGGUAUCAUCGUACGUUCAGGCACGCCAACAGGGAAACUGUGACGAACGAGGUAAUGCAGAAGUACUUCGUGUCGGCCUUGAGAGUUCUGGUGCGAAGGGUAGCUACUCUUUGCAACUGGUGUAGAGUCUACAAAGCGAAACCUGAAAUACCACGGAUGGGACCACUUCCAGAUGCGCGUUUAACCCCGUACGUUCGACCCUUUACGUUCGUUGGGCUAGACUACUUUGGCCCUCUAACGGUAAAGAUCGGCCGAAGCACCACCAAGCGAUGGGUAGCACUCUUUACGUGCUUGACGGUACGCGCGGUCCAUUUGGAGAUAGUUGCAAGUCUCUCCACGGAAUCUUGCAAACUGGCGAUUCGUCGGUUCAUUGCUCGCAGAGGCGCACCAGCGGAGAUAUAUUCCGACCAAGGAACGAAUUUUCAGGGAGCGAAACGGGAACUUCAGACCGAAAUCUCCGCCAUCAACAACUCUCUCGCUGGAACUUUCACCAAUUCUGCGACACAGUGGAAGUUUAAUCCUCCAUAUGCUCCACAUAUGGGAGGAGCAUGGGAGAGACUCGUGCGUUCUGUGAAGGUCGCUCUAAGUGCUUUGCCAGUAUGCAGGAACCCUGACGAAGAAACAUUGUUGACGGUGCUGGUAGAAAUCGAAGGCAUGGUGAACACCCGACCGCUGACCUAUCUGGCACUGGAAAAUUCGGAACAGGAGGCGCUAACACCGAACCAUUUUUUAAUGCUCAGCUCAUCCGGUGUGAAUCAACCGGCAGUUCAACAUGUGGAUCCUCGUACAGCAUUGCGAUCGAACUGGAACCUAGCCCGUGCGAUGCUUGACCGAUUUUGGACAAGGUGGAUCCAAGAGUAUUUGCCAGCCAUCUCGAAGUAGACCAAAUGGUUUGGUGAAGCAAGGUCCCUACAAAUCGGCGAUUUGGUAGUCAUCGUGCAGGACAAUUUACGGAACAGCUGGACCAGGGGAAGAGUUGUGCGGGUGUAUCCAGGAAAAGAUGGACGUGUUCGCAAGGCAGAUGUUCAAACUUCAACUGGCAUCACUCAACGACCGGCGACUUUGCUUGCAGUGCUAGAUGUUCAAGAGCCGGCUGGUUGUAUAGCGGAAGGAACUUCGCGCAAUACGGGUGGGGGCGUGUUGGCAACCCGGCCUUGCAUUUUACAGCAGGGAUCGCGAUCGUCAGUGACAAACGACGGCAACGUCAUCGGUGACAAUACGAUCCAAAAGGAAUACAAAAACGAAUAGCAAAUGUGCACAAGUUUACACGUUUACAAUAUUAUUUCCUUAAUCCUACUUAAUUUCUAAUUGAAUUAAAACUAUUAUACGAAGAAAUGUAAGUAAAACACAUGAAAUAUGCCAAGCUUAUUGUUAAUACCUAAAAUUAUACAUGCAGCUACUAUUAAAACACAAAAAUACAACUGUUACACUACGACGGAGAAAUACAUGUGGAAGACUUAUGUUGUAAGUAAAAUUAUUGUUAAAACUUAGCCUAACAUGCAAUAAUGAAAUUAAAAUUCUAGCUUAAAGCAUACUCAACUACCCAAACCCCGAGUUUGCUAAAGAAGCGUCCGAAACCGUCUCCGCUCCCGUAACAAAGACUUUAAUACGAGUCGAAACGUUGGGAAAAAUCUAAAACUAUCGUU